ACCAGCAUUACUAUGAUGUAUAAACCUGUAUAAACCUGUGAUGUGACACCAGUGUUUGUAGCUAAGUUUGUACACAAUUUUUCUUUCUGUUGUUCCACUGACUCCUCCUCCGUCGUUUGAUCCCUCCCCCUCAGCCCGGGUUUUCUGUCUGUGGUGGCCAAAUCACACACCCCUCCCUCUCCAUGCUAAUGUUCUGCCCCCUGUUGUCCUUACUUCCAACCGUCGGCUCUGUGCGGCUGUUUUCAGCCACACUGCAGUUUGGUUACUCCAAGCAGAGGUACUGCUGCUCUAAAACACACUUCUGUUAGUCUCGCCGGAUCCUCCAUACAAACCGAUCUAACACGUCCUGUGCAUACCUACCUUGCCGGCUUUACCGACUCCAGCGCCGCCGCCAGUGGAGAGACUGAAAAAAACUAAAGUAAACUGCCGUUCAGAUCGCGACGGUUGGUCAACGCGACUGCUUGGCGUUCGCCGACCAACCCCCGCCGCCACCGCCGGCUGACGCACGGUAAUGGUGGAUUUUUUGUGCACGAAAAGAGGAGGAGUCAAUCGGUGAGGGAAACCGGAGAGCAGUCGCUUGAGUCUGCGACCACACAGCUACACAGUUGUUGUUGGGGCACAGAUCAGUAGUUUACCCGGUGAAUGUUGAAACCGGUGGACUGAAUGCCUCACUGAUAACCACAUCCGAACCGCAACCGCAACGAUUGUACACGACAGGGUCCGGAAGAGUGCGACGGCGGCAAAAGGAGGAGGAGGAGACAAUCGGCUACACACCGAGACUGAAAAUCGCGGGAACAUCGCUUGGCGACGCGAAGAGUCGGUGAGUCGAGGUUGUCAGAGAAUUUGGUUCCAAGUCCAUGACCAGAAACCUUUCAGCUUGAAGGCAGCAAUGGAAGUUGUUGUGACAGAGGAGAAGAAGAAGAUUUUCCGUGCCAGGAAAACCAUGAAGAUCAGUGAUCGACAGCAACUGGAGAAUCUUCACAGUACUUUGUUGACAGCAGCUCCAGGUUUGUCCAACCCGUCUCCGCCACCUCUGGUGAAUGGCACUCACAAAGAAGAUGGACAAAAAGCAGGGGACAAAGAGCAAAACAACAUCUUGGACUCAAACUCCCCCCACGCAGCAUCACCUGCCUCCCCUGCUCCUUUCUUGUCCCUAAAUCUGUCACCUUCCCCUGCCUCCUCGCAAAGUCCAAAAGGAAAGGAAGAAUCUCCUACUUCUCCCACACCACCAUUCCACUCUCUAAACUUUGAUCUGAAAAAGGCAGAAGAGGAGGAGAAGAAAGGUUCUCUGUCGUCCCCAUCGCAGGAGUCUGUUAAACCAGCAUCAACAGAGUCUAAGGAAAAUGAGGAAAAGGACACUGAAGCGAAUCCAGAGAUGGAAAUUAAAGAGAAGGAACAGACUACAACAGAGGACACAGCCGCGGUUUCUGCGAAGGAACCUGUUAAAGGUUUGGAUCCACGUUCGCCUGUGCCACCUCCAGUAUCUGACUGCACAGAACUAAUGGAUACAGAUAGUGACACUACAAAGGCCAAGGACCCUGAGGCCUCUACAGCCAAAAUAAAAGAUGAAAAGCCUUCUUCACCUAAAUCUAAAACUUCCGAUUCCUCUCCUUCUUGUCCUUCCUCGUCUCAUCCAGCUUCCUCCUUGGGUGCGGAUCUAAAACAAGAAAAGGAAAUCAAAGAGAAGGACAUAAAAGAAGAGGAUGACAAAGAAGAUGUGAAGAAAGUACCAGUCAGAGAGGAAAGUAUGGAGGUGGAGCCAGCGACAGUAGAGCCCAAAGAGGAAAAAACUGAUGUCGGAAAAACCACAAAGCCAUCUCGGCCAUCAUCCACUCCACCAUCUAAUACAGUGCAAGAGGAGAGGGGCUCAACCUCGGGACUGAAACGCACUUUAUCAGAGGGUAAUGAAAAAGAUGGACAAGCUGUGAAAAGAGAGGGGAAGAGGCCCAAGGUGGAGCGUGAGGAGUUGGAGGCACAACUGGAACUUAAAAUUACGGCAAAAGCUGGCAGUCAUCAUAAACUUGAAAAGAUUGUGCAACAGCUAGUGGAAGAACGGUUGAGGGUGCUGGAGCUGACCAUUUUUGAAAAAAAUUUCCAAGAACUAAAGGACAGAGUAGACAAGAUUGACUGUGCCACCAAACACCAAACUGCCAUUAACACACUCCAAGCCAAAAUAGCCCGAUUAGCAAAAAAGUUUGGAGAGGCCAAUCAGGCAUCAGAGAACAAAAGGAAACAGGAGGCACUUGCUGCUGCUGCUGCUUCUGCCACCAAGACUGCAACUGUUGCAUCCAACCCUCAAGUUCAACGGCCAGUCCGGACUUCCAUGGAGGUAAAGCAGACUUCAACAACAGUUUCUUCCUCCAACACAGCUGCAAAUCCAGCCUCAUCAGCUGUGCCAGCCCCUGUCCCUGCUCCAGCCCCAACAUCAACCUCCACAGCCAUGGUUCCACAGGCCCCCAUCCUUCAGCUGAUCACCUCCACCUCUAAUGCUGCCUCCACCUUGGCCACUGGCAUCACCACUCAGAGUCCCCAGGGCACCUUGUUGCUGAAGACGGCCACUGGGAGUGGCAUGGUGGCUACAGGCCAGCCACUCCUCAUCCAGCUGCCUUUAUCAAUGGCUAAUGGCCAGGCAGGAACGCUGGUCAACAUCCCUGUAUCCUCUUUGUCUGCAGCCAACUCACUCAACAAGGCCAAAACCACCGCUUCCACCGCCACUUUUAUACUCAAGCCUGCUCCCACCACUACCACAGCACCAGUUUCUGCCCCAGCUGCUGCCACUGUCCCAGCGCUCCAGGCUCCCGCCAGCCAGAUGUCUUCUGCCCAGAUCUCUCUUGCCCGAGCAGUGUACCAGGGGGGUGCCGGGGGGAUAACUACGCCCAAUGCUGGAGUAUCCAUGACCACGGCCAGGACGCCAGCUCAGUCUGUCUCUGUAGCCGGAGCUAUGUCGUCGGCCUCCUCACCUGCAACAUCUGGGCCAGCAGCAACAGGUUCCACUGCGCCAGGACCCCCUCAAGGGACGUCUCUGACAUCUAAGACAGAUAACCAAGCUGGAGGAGCCACCAAAUCAACCGCGGCACGACCCAAAGGCUCCGUCAUUGAUCUCACUGAGGACGAUGAUGAUGUACAAGUGACAGGAGUUAAAAAUGCCACCGUUGCAGCUCCCUCACCAACCCAGCGUCCUCACCCAGUCGUCAGCAUUCCUACCAGCAUAGGAGCAAGGUCAUCCCCACAAAGCAAUCAGAACUCUUCCACCAAUCCUCAGUUGACAGUCCACCACCGCCCCCAACAGGACUCUCCAAUGAAAUCCCGCACGGUAACCACUACUACGCCAGCCCGGGGCUCCAGCAUGCCGCUGCCCCCUCUCCCUGCAGCACCUGCACCUCCACGUUUACCUCCAGAGGCUGAGCGGACCUCACCUCCUCAGCAACCUCAGCUGAAGCUGGUGCCAAGUCAGACUGGUAUAGUACUGUCCUGGUGUGUGGCAGAAACUGAUCGGACCUGUGCAGCCGUAGACAGCUAUCACCUAUAUGCCUUCCAUCAAGACAACUCUAACAGCAAUGCAGCGCAGCAGCACUGGAAGAAGAUUGGGGAGGUGAAGGCCCUUCCUUUGCCUAUGGCCUGUACGCUGACCCAGUUCCAGUCUGGCUCCACUUAUCAUUUUGCUGUCCGAGCCAAAGACAUAUAUGGGCGCUUUGGCUCCUUCUGUGAACCUCAGUGCACAAAUGUCAUCAGUUCCAGCUCGAAUUGAACAGUUGAGGAAUGGAAAGGAUUUUUUGCAUUUGAAAGUUCUUCUUUUACUUUUUUGUGUUAGGAACUCAUAUAUUGUGCGUUGAACACAUACAGUAUCUGUAAAUAUCUCUACAUAACAACUGGACUUCUGACUGACUUGGAAAAUUGAAGUGGCGAACGGUUGGUUUUGUCUGGUUAAUGUAUGUAUUGUAUUUUUUGUGACUUAAGCUGUUGUAUAUAAUUGAAUUACUUUGCCUCUCUACCAAGUCAAAUAUUUAUGUUGAUGACUCCUGUUACUCUGACCCAGAUGUCUUUUGCUUUACCUGAGUCAGGAUUAUCCAUGUAAACUCAGAAUUGCACAGAAAUGUAUAAUUGUGUGGUAGAAAUUGAACGAUAACUUUUGUAAGUUUUGUCUGGCAACCAGACUUUGACAAACACAAUAAAAGGUUUUAUUAAA